AUGGUGGUGCCGAGGGACGCGACGCUGCCGUUCGACUACACGCGGGUGUUCCAGCAGGCGGUACGAGAGGGGCAGUCGGUUAUCAUCGAGGAGGAGCAGGUGGAAUCGCCGCACGCCAAAGACGCACUCCCGGGAAAGGAAAAGGAGAAACUACAACAAGUCAAGGUGAGACCCAGGCCUGAAAAGGGGAAAUCACCCUGGAGCUGGCUCAAGAACAAGAUUUUUUGUAGAGAAGGAAGGCAAAUAUGUUCGGAACAUGUCCAGCACCAGACACAACCCAUCUCCGAAGUAAGGAAUCGUUAUAUGGUUUCUUCUAAUGGGAUGAACAGUCUUGAUGGCUAUUCAGAAUUUAGACCGGUGAUUGGAGAUGGGGAGUGUUUCUACAGGAGCUUCAUAUUUUCCUACCUAGAGCAAGUUAUUGAUAGGCCGGACACAGAUGAGGAACGCCGUCUCCUUGAUGUUGUUGAAACAGCAUCUGCACGACAUGCAGAUCUUCGAUGGAACUCUAAGUUUCCCAGGAGCAGCAGAGCAUUUAAGAAGCUGCUUGAGAAAGUAAAGAGAUGGAAGAACACGGAAUCAACUAGCAGUUGCCGUAAAGAGGAACUUCUCAAGUUCUUCAGCACAUAUGAUAAGACGCAAGACAUUUUUGCUUUCCUCAGAUUACUAGUAGCUAUCCAGAUAUGCUCGCACAGUGCAGAGUAUGUACCGCAUAUACCAGAUGUCGCCAGUGGAGUUUACAGUCUGAAAGUUUGGUGCUUUCUGUACGUCACUCCAGCUCGUGUGGAAUCGGAAGGUCUUAUGAUGAGGGCCUUGGCCAGCGCGCUUGACGUAACCCUCAUAGUGGAAACAUUCCAAGGAGGAUAUGCUCGAGAUAUCUACACUAGUCCUGGAGUUCCCCGUCCGGCUGUGACCCUGCUGUACAAUGGUAAUCACUACGACAUCAUCUACCCACGCGCUCCUCCUUCCGAGAGUUCAAGUCAUCAGGCUUCCUAG